ACAAGUCUGGCGGCAGGAGUUCGCUGAGCUUUCCCCAUGGUUUCGGUGACCAGAUCCGUGUUCGGGGAGCUGCCCUCGGGGGCAGGAACCGUGGAGAAGUUCCGGCUGCAGUCAGACCUGCUGAGAGUGGAUAUCAUCUCUUGGGGCUGCACCAUUACGGCCCUGGAAGUCAAAGACAGGCAGGGCAGAGCCUCAGAUGUGGUGCUCGGCUUUGCCGAGUUGGCAGGCUACCUCCAAAAGCAGCCUUACUUUGGAGCAGUGGUGGGCCGGGUGGCCAACCGAAUUGCCAAAGGAACAUUCACGUUAGACGGGAAGGAGUAUAAGCUGGCCAUUAACAAUGGGCCCAACAGUCUGCAUGGAGGCCUCAGAGGGUUUGAUAAGGUCCUCUGGACCCCUCAGGUGCUGCCAAAUGGCGUCCAGUUCUCACGGGUCAGUCCAGAUGGUGAGGAAGAUUAUCCAGGGGAGCUAAAAGUCUGGGUAACCUACACCCUGGAUGGUGGGGAGCUCGUGGUCAACUAUCGAGCUCAGGCCAGUCAGACCACACCAGUCAACCUGACCAACCAUUCUUACUUCAACCUGGCGGGCCAGGGUUCCCCGAAUAUCUAUGACCACGAAGUCACUAUAGAAGCUGAUGCUUUUUUGCCUGUGGAUGAAACCCUGAUUCCUACAGGCAACUCGUCAGGCUGCUUCCCAGCUGCUGCUUCCCUGCCUGCUUUUCUGACCUCUAUAGACCUAAAUGUGGUUUGGCUUAUCCCCAGAGUCCAUCAUGCCGGAAGUGGCCGGGUACUGGAAGUGUAUACCACGCAGCCCGGGGUUCAGUUCUACACGGGCAACUUCCUGGACGGCACACUGAAGGGCAAGAGUGGAGCAAUCUAUCCCAAGCAUUCCGGUUUCUGCCUGGAGACCCAGAACUGGCCUGAUGCAAUCAAUCAGCCCCACUUCCCGCCUGUGCUGCUGAGGCCUGGUGAGGAGUAUGACCACACGACUUGGUUCAGGUUUUCUGUGGCUUAAGGAAGUGCCAAGAUAGGACCUGCUCCAAGGCCAGGCUAGGAGCCCCUUCGGUAGCCUGUCUUCUAUUUGGAAAUGAAGACUUAGAAGCUUUAAAAAUGAUCCUGUGAUUUAAAAAUCGUAUAAAUGGUAGCUGUCUGAUAACCAGUUUGAAUAUUGAUUUCCUUCCCAAUGACUGGCUCCAGGCCGGGUCUGAUGACCAGCUCUGUUCUCUGUGUAGUUGAGGACCCAGCUACCAAUCAUCGUCCAAGCCCUAACCCCAGCCCAGAAAUGGCGCCCGGACCCCCAUGCUCUGUUGGCUCCAUCUCUCCACCCUGCCUCUUUUCCUACUUCUCACCCCUCUUUUCUUUGAGCCUAUUCUCAUUCCUUUUUUCCUCCUUUUUAUAAAAAGCAUCAGUCCAAGUAUGAUUAACUGUCUCUGAGCCUUAGAAGUGGUAUAACUUAAAGUACAAGAAAGAAUCUGUAAUUUUGAUUCUCUGCUGUUGAAGUUCACUGAGAAAGCCCAGCCUGGCGAAGGUAGGGAAGAGAGGAAGCUGUUGGAGUCAGGAGCUGUGGCAGCGUGAGGACAGGGCCUUACCUGAGGAUUGCACAGAUGUUGUUAUGUAGAUGAGGCUGGGGCUCCUUCUCCUGAAGAGUUGAAUCAUCAGUGAUGGGUGUAGGUUGGUGGUUUUUAAAGAAUUGUGUUUUUUUAUAUACUAGCAAUCAGUUGGGGGGGGGGGAGACUCUGCACCUUUGAAAACUGUUUCUUCACUUCUUUAAAUCUGUCAGCAUGGAUCUUUAGAAAAUACACCAAGCAUGUGUGUUCUGGACUCUAUGGUGCACUCCAGUACAAGCCCCAGUGUCUUCCUAGGGGAGAGCUAACUGACUUGUUAGUUAGCCAAUUGAGCUUCCCAUUCUUCCUCUUUCUUAGCAGCCAACAGUAAACCAAAGAUAGUGUUUAUUUCUUAAUUCAUUUCAGCAUGGGUUUUCUGAGUACCUAUUUCACAUAGUUCUCUGCCAAGUCUUUUAAGAGAACCAAGAGGUAAUGUGUAAGAUGCAGUCUGUCCCCUCAGGGACAUCACAGUCUCCCUGGGAGAGACCAAUCCGAUGCUGUAGAAUUGCACAGCACAGCUGGAAGCCUGGAACUAGUACUAACUUUGCUUCUAGUACUAACUUGCAAAGUACUUGGUUUUCCUUUGUUCUAAAAAAAAAAGAAUUGUUUUUACUACAAACCUAGAAGUGUAGCCCAAAUAAGGAUAUUCCUCUUCAAGACAGCUGGAAGAAGUUACUGGUAUUUGAAUUAAUUGUUUAGGGAAAACAAUAAAGAGCCAAAGUUUGAUUGUCAAACUGUAAGUCUGAUAAAAGUAAAAUUUUAGAAAAAUUGACCUUUUGUGGUGGCAACCAGUCUAUUCUUUUUCAUGAAACAUACACAUAAAAGAGGGCUUUGAUGUGCUUGAGAAAAGACACUACAUAGUUGUGAGACAUGUAGAGUAUGAUGUGAACAUAAUUGUAAUAUUUUAUGAUGAAA